AUGCAAUUGUACUUCUUGAUAGUCGCAGGACAUCUGCUUCCACUGUCCCUUAAAGAUGGCCUAGGUUACAUUCAGAGAGAAGCAUAUCAGAACCCAGAUUUUGCUGCUGUAAACCUUCAAGGGCCUGGAACUUAUGGCAAUCCUGUGAGAGUGAAUGACUUGCCAGAAGUUAAGCUGCACACAAAUUUUCAUUGCACACUGGAUGAGGUGUGGGAUUUAAGCAGUACUAUAAGUGAUGAUACCAUCAUUGCCACACUCCAUGGACAAGUCAAAGCAAAAGAUGUUCGUACCCUCAAGCCAGGUAACCAAAUAAAUGAUGUCGUGAUCAACUACAUUGGUCCAUUCUUAAUGAGUCAGAAAAAGGAUGUGUAUGUGGCAAGCACCUUUUGGCUAAAUCACUGCAGCCAAGAGCUGGGUCUUAAGGAAAUGCUUAGGUGUGAUUUUCACAAGUAUGAAAAGUUUGUAUUUCCUGUUCAUUGCCCUGGUCACUGGUGGUGUGUCUUAAUAGACAGGCCAAUGAAAUUGUAUGGGGAAUUUGACUCCCUUUGUAAAGAUCGAAGGAGUGAUUAUGUUUUUCAGGUCUUGUGCAGGGAAUUCAAAACUGCAAAUAUUGAUAUUUCUUCAUUUCGAAGGUUAAGUCAGGAGGAAAGAGAAAAGUUGCCUUCUCAAGGACAGAAUGUUUUUGACUGUGGUGUCUUUGUCUUGGGUUUUAUCAGUGCAUUUGUCAACAACUUGGAAAUGAAUUUCAGCUUAAGGGAUAUGCCAUUCCUGCGGAAUUCAUUUGCGAAA